AUGGCUGCUGUUUUUCCAAACGUUUCGUCGUUGCCCGCAGGGAACUAUGAAGUAUUGGGAUUUGGACCACAAUCUUCAGAAGAUUGUGAACAAGUCUUUGAUACAAGAUUUGAUGAAUUCUAUGACCAAGAACCCUACAGUUAUACUGGAGUUUCAAUCGUCAACCUACAGAAUCUGGUAGAUGAAAGAAAAGUCGUCCAUAAAGAUUCUACCCAUCAUUUGGAGACUUCCUCGAUACCACCGAUUUACGAACAACUGAAAUCCUUCAUCGUUGAAGAUGCAACUAGAACUGGUUUCCCAAUCUCACUAUUUUCUUCUGUUUCAAAUGUUACUGACGUGAAGGUGAAAGAAAAGGCUUUGCUAGAAUCCUUCGACAGUCUUCGCCCGUUAUACCCAGAACCGAUCAUGCAGCUCUCUUGUUCGUACAACAGUUCCACGUAUAGUUUACUUCGUCAAGAUCAUAAUACCAUGGGUAUCGCAGUUUGUUUUUUAGGACCUUACUUGAACAUGCCUGUGAUCCUUGAGCGUGUUAUAUCUAUUCCAAUAUGGGAUUUCAUUACAGAACAACGGUAG